UUGAAAGAGAAAGAGAAAAGAGAAGCCAAAAAAAUUGUAUUAGUCGAACAAAUGAACAAGCCGAAAUUCUCUCAGCCACCACAGCCACUUUUCCACUGACUCACUAGUCACAUGCAUUUGGAGUGGCUCACUAGCUGGUUGCAAAUUCUCAAUCUACAUUAUCUAUUUUGGUUUCUAUUUCUCUCUUUCUCUCUCUCUCUCUCCUUCUCUUUUUUCAGUUACAAUACAAGUUCAGUUUUUAAGAAAAAAAAAAUGUUCUACUUUGUAUUUAAAUCAUUUUCAUUUAAUCAUCACUUCUUUUCAAUUUUCUUGUGAUUCUACUGAAAAACAAAAAGGAUAAACACUUCUCAUCGCCAUCAUCAUCAUCAUCAUCAUUAUUAUUAUUAUUGUUGAGGAGAAAGAACAACAAUUAGUACCAACAAAAUUAUCACCUUUAAGGAAAUGUACCCAACGCGACACGCCGGGCCUCCUCAGCCAGGCCAAGGUGGAUUUAAAUCAUCUCUUAAUGAGACUUGUGAUCGGGUUAAAGAGGAAUUUGCUUACAUGCAAAAUCAAUGCCAUCAACUUAAAUUGGAAUUAGAUAAACUGGCCAAUGAUAAGACGGACAUGCAACGCCAUUAUGUUAUGUAUUAUGAAAUGUCUUACGGAUUAAAUGUGGAAAUGCACAAACAAACGGAAAUAGCCAAACGUUUAAAUGCCUUAAUUGGUCAAAUUUUGCCUUAUCUUAACGCUGAACAUCAACAGCAAGUCGCCCAAGCAGUGGAAAGAGCUAAACAAGUUACUAUGUCUGAAUUAAAUGCAAUCAUUGGUCAACAACAUUCAGGAAUAACUCAUUUAAUGCAACAAUUACAUGCCCAACAAUUACCCGCUGCAGCGGCUGCUGUUGUAGCGGCAGCCGGUCAUGGUCCUCAUGGUCCAUCAAUGCCAAUGAUGCCUCAUCCAGCUCUUGCUGCCGGUUUACAACCACCUCCACCCGGUUUACCACCAUCUUCUGCAGCAGCAGCCGGACUUUUAGGACUUACCGGUGGAUUAGCUGGAGGUGGUGGUGGUGGUGGCGGUGGUAACGGAGGUAUUGGUGGUUCUUCCAAUGCAGUUACCCUUUCAUCAAUUUCAACUGCAUCAUCACCAGUUUCCGGUAAAGAUUCAGCUACCGUUCGAGAAUUAAAUGAUACCAAAAAUCGUUCUGGUAAUAUUCAUAUUGAUGAUAAAUCUCGUAAUAAUUAUUCACCUCAUGUUGAUAUUGAUCGUAAUCGUCAUCGAAGUCACUCACCAGAACCCGAAAGUAAACUUAAACGGAGAAAAGAUCAUGAACCCGUUUCACCGCAUAAUGGGGAAUCUCCACCCCGUGAGAACGGUACUGACGCUUCCAGGAUAAAAGUCAGUCCACCAAGUCGAUCGGGUUCCUCAUCAAACAGCAGCACUCCUUUGUCAACAAAGCCAAAUGACCACUUUGUCGGUUAUGAUCCUCAUCCAUUAUUUCGUGCACCCUUCAUUCCCAGCAUCAAAGCCGCAUACUCAUUUCUAGUUACCUCUGAUGGUACCACGGUACCGGCUCCUUUUCCACCGGAUGCCCUUCAUGGACCAGGAAUUCCGACUCGAGCCCGUCAGAUUGAAACUCUCAAUCAUGGUGAAGUUGUUUGUGCAGUUACCAUAAGUGUCCCAACUAAACAUGUUUACACCGGAGGUAAAGGUUGUGUCAAAAUUUGGGAUAUCAGUCAAUCGGGUAACAAGAGUCACAUCUCACAAUUGGAUUGCCUGCAAAGAGACAACUACAUUAGAUCGUGUAAAUUGUUACCCGAUGGUCGAACCCUAAUCGUCGGCGGUGAGGCCAAUGCCAUUUGUAUCUGGGACUUGGGUCAGCAACCUCGUAUUAAAGCUGAACUUACCUCAUCCGCACCGGCUUGUUAUGCUUUAGCCAUUAGUCCAGAUUCAAAGGUUUGCUUUAGCUGUUGUAGCGAUGGUAAUAUCGUUGUAUGGGAUUUACGUAAUCACUCAAUCGUUAGACAAUUUCAAGGUCACACUGAUGGUGCUUCCUGUAUCGAUAUAAGUUCCGAUGGUAGCAAAUUAUGGACCGGUGGUCUUGAUAAUACAGUUCGCUCAUGGGAUCUUGGAGAAGGUCGUCAACUUCAACAACACGAUUUCUCAUCACAAAUAUUUUCAUUGGGCUACUGUCCCACUGGAGAUUGGCUUGCUGUCGGAAUGGAAAGUAGCAAUGUUGAGGUUUUACAUUGUUCUAAACCCGAAAAAUAUCAAUUACAUCUCCAUGAAAGUUGUGUAUUAUCACUCAAGUUUGCUUAUUGUGGUAAAUGGUUCGUCAGCACUGGAAAGGAUAACAUGCUGAAUACAUGGAGAACACCUUAUGGAGCAUCAAUUUUCCAGUCUCGGGAACAAUCAUCGGUACUCAGUUGCGAUAUAUCUUCCGAUGAUAAAUACAUCGUCACGGGUUCGGGUGAUAAAAAGGCCACCGUUUAUGAAGUUAUUUAUUGAUUCCUGUCUCAUCUUCAUCUUCAUCUUCAUCUUCAUCUCUCUCUCUCUUGCUCUCAUCCCUGUGGUCUCAUCUUCAUCAUCUUCUCAUCAUUGACUCAUUGAUUUUCGAUUCCUAAUAUAAAUUGUAAACAACAAAAAACCAAACCCAUUGUAGUUUAAUUGAGACACAAUUAGUUUACAAAACUCGAUUAUUUCAAUUAUUUCAUCUUCAUCAUUAAUCCUGUCAUUUUUUUUUGUCUCUUCCCUUUUCAUCCUGAUAUAUAUACACAUACAAAUAUAUCUUCUCAUCUUAUUAUAUCAUUGAUUGAUUUUAAUUGAUUGCUUCGAAUCAACUUUUAACCCUUAUGGAAAACUUAAUCAAUUUGUUUCCAAACUCAAAAAAUCAAACAAAAUUUUGAUCAAUCUUAAUCAUCUCUCUCCCUAUUUCUCUCAUCCCUCUAAUCUAUUUGAUGUAAUUGUCGAUGAAUAUUGAUUGUGUAAUAAAUGGACAAUUGACAAAUAAAAAAAGAAUUACAAAUUUCAA